UUUAAAUGCUGCGCUCUGCCGCCCGAUUUCCAGACUUGCGAUCUUCUCUUCUGCCGCUGAAGUUUCUGCUUUCCAAGAAUCGGUACAGGAGUCCUCAGAAUGAAGGCCACAGUUUUGCUGAUGUGCCUGCUUGGCACCACCUUUGCAGUGCCCAUGCAGCGUCUUUAUGAAUUCCUGCCUCAGGUCAAUUCACCGCAGCAGAGCGCCCAGCCAAGUCAACCCCAGCCGCAAAGCAACCCUGAGGCACCCAUUGUUCCAGCACCCCAGACACCCCAGGCAGCACCCCAGGCUCCAGGGCCAGCAGGACCCGCACCACCUGCCAGUCUAGAAAUCAUGUUCCCCUACGGAUAUCCUGGUCAGACUCUUGGUCAGCCUUCUUCUAUGUUCCCAUCCCAAGGAUUCAUCAGACAGAAGAUCCCCCAGCCACCCGGCAGACAGAGCAUUGAAAUUCUCUACCCCUAUGGAUUUGGUCAGCAGCAGAUGUUCCCUGGAUUCUCCAACCUGUCCCCUGUGCCUCCAAUGCAGUUCCCAAUGCUCCCAAAUAUGUUCCCAUUUGGCAGUAUGGUACCAAUGAUGCCACAGCAGCCUUCUCCACAGACCCCAAAUUUGCCCCCUUCUUUUGGAAACAUGCCACAGCAACCUGGCCAGUCUGAUCCAAACAUGUUCAACCCCUUUGCCAAUAUGCCACAGCUGCCUGCCCAAAACCCCAAUGGCGUGCCCAACUUUGGAAUGCCACAGGACCCCUCUCAGCCCAUGCAGCCUGCCCAGCCCAUUCCACCAGUGCAGCCCAGUCCAAAUAUUCCGGUUGGAGGUGAACAAGAAGUGGACUAAUUCAGCACACAAAUCCCAGGACCCCCAUGAAGCUGGUCUUCUAAAUUUAAAGACGCUGAUGGCUCCGAGUUGAUGGCCCCACAUGUUGUUCUGUCGUCUCUCUGUUUUGUUGUAGGUUUUUUGUUUUUUUUCCUCUUUCGCUUGCUCUCAAUGGCGGUGCGGGCUGAAGGACGGUCUCACACGUUUUCAUCUGCUGUUUGGUAGCAUUUUUUGAGUUGAGCUUUGAUGUGAGCCCAUAAGGAGAGGAUUUUGGGGAAUAUCAACGUGUGCCAGAAAGACGAAAUCUGAAGGAAAAUCUGCCAACAAAUGUCUCCCCCUCAACCCCGGCGUGACUUCUCUUUGUACGUCGGCCCUCUGUUUGUGUAACAAAAUGUGAUGCUGUGCUAAUCUCGCCUGCUUUGUCACCCGAGGGCGGCUCUCUGCCCGUUCACUCUUGUGCUUUUGUAACCUUUGCCUACAAAUAAAGUUUCAGAUCCUCUCA